AUGACGCCGGGUGUGGCAGACGAUUCGUGUGUUUCGAUGUGCAAUAACAAUAUAGUGCCGCUUCUGCCUAGGAGUUCUGUGCGCUUGGAGUUCAAGAAUAUAACAUGCUCGAUCUCAUUGCUGUCUAUGCAAAAGUUUAAAUUCGAGAAGAAGCACAUUUUAAGAGGCGUAAAUGGCUGCUUCAAGCCAGGGGAACUCACGGCCAUAAUGGGACCUUCGGGCGCAGGAAAAACUACUCUCCUCAAUAUCUUAGCCGGAUACACGACGCAAGGUGCAAACGGCGAGAUCAUAGUGAACGGUGUAAGCUCUUGCGCAUCGAAGUCAAACGGUCGGGGUGGCGCGAGAUACAUCCGCCAACAGGAUGAUCUCCGAAUACAUCUUACCGUUUACGAGUCUAUGGCUCUCGCGGCUGCGCUUAAGCUGGCUGACUUCUCGUCGUACGAACGGAAAGAGAAAGUGCACGAGGUGCUGUCGUUGUUGGGGCUAAAUGGAUCAUCACAGACUGUAUGCCGGGAUCUCUCUGGAGGGCAGAAGAGAAGAUUAGCUGUCGCGCUGGAACUACUAUCAGACCCUUCACUGUUGUUUCUUGAUGAGCCGACCACAGGUCUAGAUUCUUCAGCGUCAGCGUCCUUAAUAACUCUCCUAAGUGGAUUGGCGAGAGGAGGAAGAACGGUGGUAGCGACAAUUCACCAGCCCUCGGCUCUGAUCUUCGAGAAAAUUGACACAGUGUAUUGCCUAAGCGCAGGUAGAACAUUGUACUCGGGAUCUCGGGCUAACCUAAUACCAGCACUGUCUUCUGCGGACCUAAGAUGUCCCCCUUAUCACAAUCCAGCUGAUUUCUUGAUGGAAGUUGCAUCUGGUGAAUAUGACGUGGAUUUGGAAAAAGCCGCAGCAGCGAUGGAACGCUUCAGUCCUGAACCGGCAGCGACACCAAGUGUCGAAGACAACAUACCUGUGAUAUCCACCUUGCCUAACCCUUUAACUUUAGAUACAAAGAAGAACAAAGAAAAAUCACUUCAAUGCAAUGCGAAAUACCUACAGAACUCCUCAAAGAACAUGUAUCGUCCAUCAGGUCCCUUCAGACAGACAUGGAUCUUGCUUUAUAGGAAUUAUUUAAUGACAACCAGAAAUUAUUCUCUAUUCAUGUACCGAGUGGCGGCCCAUGUAGUUAUAGCUCUAAUCUUCGGUUACCUAUAUCUAGGAGUGGGAAGCGAAGCCAGCAGUGUUCUAGGAAAUUAUGUCUACUUGUACGGAUCUAUGUUACUCGUUGUGUAUACUGGGAAAAUGUCUGUUACGCUUUCAUUUCCCCUGGAGAUGGCAAUACUGAAAGGAGAAUAUUUCAAUCGAUGGUACAGUUUGGGUCCAUAUAUUUUCUCGAUAUUAGCAGUGGAGUUACCCUUUCAGAUGAUAUCAUGUGUGUCCUACGUGGUUCUAUCCUAUUGGCUGACGGAUAACCCAUUGGAACCAAAUAGAGCGACACUUUUCCUCGCAACCAUUGUUGCCACGUCAUUGUGCGCUCAGGCCUGGGGUUAUUUCAUCGGUUCUACUACACCUACUAAGAUUGCUGUUUUCAUCGGCCCGGUCUUAGCCUGUCUAUUUUCAGUAUUCGGGUUCUGUCUAGCACUAAGAGACACACCUUACUUUUUCCGAUGGCUACACCAUAUAUCGUACUUCAGAGCGGGUUUCCAUCUUGCAGUACAUUCGGUGUAUGGCUUCAAUAGAACGAAAAUGCACUGUUCAAAGAUAUACUGCCACUAUAUAACUCCCAGUACAUUCCUGAAAGAAAUGGAUAUGGCCGAGAUUGACGUAGGAAGCAACAUAGCCGUCGUCCUUUCCACAACAGUCCUCAUGCACAUAUUAACUUGUACCGCUUUAUGGUACAGACUGAACAAGAGAUGA